GCUCACCAACACACACUCGUGCUCACACACCCUCACACACACACACACUCUCACUCAUCCAUAAUUGAUGCUCGAGUCGGGCCGAUGCUGCAGGGCUCGCCACUAAAGCAGCUGCUCAGUUUAUGGAGGGAAAAGCCAGCAAGAUGGUGGAGCAGGGUAAUCAGGACGCCCCAGCCCCUCCAGAGCCCAUGGCGCAGCCGUACCCCUCCGCCCAGUUCGCGCCCCCUCAGAACGGCCUGCCCGCCGAAUACCCGGCCUCUCACCCCCACCCGGCGCCGGAGUACCCGGGCACCAGCGCCGUCCCCGAGCACACGCUGAACAUGUACCCGGCGGCACACACGCACAGCGAGCCCAGCGCCGACCCCAGCGCACACACCGUCUCCGGGACAGCCACACAGACAGACGACGCAGCACAGACAGACAGCCAGCAACAGACGCAGUCCUCCGAAAGCUCGGAAAACAAGUCGCAGCCAAAACGACUCCACGUCUCCAACAUCCCCUUCAGGUUUAGAGAUCCAGACCUCAGGCAAAUGUUUGGCCAAUUUGGUAAAAUCUUAGAUGUUGAGAUCAUUUUUAAUGAGAGGGGGUCUAAGGGUUUUGGUUUCGUAACUUUCGAAAGUAGUGCUGAUGCGGACAGGGCGAGGGAGAAAUUACACGGCACGGUGGUAGAAGGCCGUAAAAUAGAGGUGAAUAACGCAACGGCACGAGUAAUGACAAACAAAAAGACAGUCAACCCAUAUGCAAACGGCUGGAAGUUGAAUCCUGUGGUUGGUGCGGUUUACAGCCCAGAAUUCUAUGCAGUGCCAGGUUUCCCAUAUCCGGCUGCCACGGCAGCUGCAGCCUACAGAGGGGCGCACUUAAGAGGGAGAGGACGCACCGUCUACAACACGUUCCGGGCAGCCGCUCCUCCACCGCACAUCCCGGCAUACGGAGGCGUUGUGUACCAGGACGGCUUUUAUGGUGCAGAUAUUUAUGGUGGUUAUGCUGCCUACCGCUAUGCCCAGCCUGCCACCGCUGCCGCUGCCGCCUACAGUGACAGUUACGGACGAGUUUAUGCUGCCGACCCCUACAACCACGCACUUGCUCCAGCAGCCGCAUACAGCGUUGGUGCCAUGAACGCUUUCGCCCCGCUGACCGACGCCAAGACCAGGAGUCACGCAGACGACGUGGGUCUCGUUCUUUCUUCGCUGCAGGCUAGUAUAUACCGAGGCGGAUACAGCCGCUUCGCUCCAUACUAAACGACAACAACAAAAAAACCAACAACGACCACAACGAUACACCUAACUCAACGCGAAUCUUCCCGUGGGUGGUAGAGAGAGAGAGAAUCAUUUUCCGAGGCCUGGGUAUUGCAAUACAAUGCAGUCGUGCAUCAUUUCGGCGCCUCUUGCGAAGAACAGAGGACAAAAAAACGGAUAUUUUUCAUCUUAUACCUCAGAUAUUUUGUGCUGUGUAUUUUAAUAUUGUGGGUUUUUCAUUUCUAAACGAGUACAUAGAUUGUUGGCUGUAGAGGUUUCUGUGGUGAUCUAGAGAGCUGCUAGAUUUUAAAAAGAAGAUAUAUAUAAAAACAAACAAAAAAAACUAAAAAUACAAAUGGUUAGGGCUUUAUCAUGUAAAUGAAUUCUUUCUGAUCAUUAUGAGGUCCCUUGGGGUUGCCAUCGUUCGUGACUACAGUAGUGGAUUUCUUUCUCAUGUCCAUUUGUUGGGGUUUUUGGGUUUUUUAGGUGAUGGUUCUUGUCUUUGGUUUUGGGUUUUUUAAUGGUGAAGUCAUCGGGAUAAAAAGUCCAGAUGCCCGCGGUGAGCAGCAGAAGCAGGCAGGAAGGAUGGCAGUCGGUUGAGUGGUACAAAGACACAAAAGAGAGGAGGAACCGCUGAACCGUUGAUUUCUUUCUCUGUCCGUUACUAGUCAUUUACUCAAAGCCAAAGUUUACGUUUAGAGGACUGAAUUUUACAUAGCAGCUCUUAGAGAAAC